AGACUGUUGCUCAAGCCAACCCGGGCUGGCUCGAAGCCGAUCCCGGUGCAAGUCUGGGCCCUGCACCGGCCGACCCCGAGGGCGGCCCCCCGCAGCGCCCCCCCCCGCCAGCGUGGCCCAGCGAGCGCCGCCACGCGGCGGCAUGGCCACGGUGAGCCUCGAGGGCGCGGGGCCGCGGUGGCCCGCGGCGCCCCCGGGCCUGGCCUGCGCGGCCCGGCUCCCGCGCGCGGAGGAUGUGCCCUGGCCCUCGCGGCUGGUGCCGGCGGCGGCCUCGGAGGAGGAUGCCGGCUCGGAGCCGCCCGCGUUCCAGCCGAAGACGAAGACGCAGCGGCUCCGGAUGCAGAAGAAGCUGGUGAAGACCCUGGCGAGGGAGGCCCUGCCGCUCCCGGGCUCGAGCGGCGGAGGCCCGGACUGGAGGCGCCUGCAGUAGGUCGCCCAGCCAGGGCUCCAGCCCAGCGGUGUUCGGGCGAUUUCGUGGGCCGCUUUCGUUUUGCAGCAAAGGCAGAGCGAAGGAGAACGGCAGAAGAAGCACAGAAAGCAUUGCUUAGCUCGAGCCUUGCGCCCGGCGAGUCUGAGCGGCCGCUGCUGGCACCUGCAUGUCUCCAUCCUGGUCUGAGUUUUGGUGUGCUCACACGCGCUUGAGUACCCAUGAGGUUUGAGCGCCGGCUGGGGGUCUGAGGUUGCCCAGGAUUGGUUCGGCCCAUCAAGCUCAGACACCCCGGCCGUCUCCAGCAUGGGGUGACUCGGCUGUUUCUUAAUUCGGACACGAGCAGCCGUUUGCAAGCAUUUGCCACCGAUGUUGCACACGGGCGGUGCACAUGGCAUUUCAUAGUUCUCUAUCUUUAGGCCUCCCACCGCUUCGAAGGUGCAAGAGACCGGCAUUCAGACGCAUCCGGUCUACAGGUCUCACCACGUUUGAUAUGUGCACGCCUUCUUGCAGAGUCGGUGCCAUCACGUGGCGGCGGACCAUGACGGUAAGGCCGUGGCGGCAUUUGGUUCUAAGUGCUCGCUUCGUUACGGCAAGGCGGCAAGGCCCGUUGCCGUGCCAGCGCAGCAGCGCUGCAGGGAGACUGUCCAGUUAGACCCGCUCCAGUUCGGCGCCAAAUCUGGACCAGCGCGGGUCUUGAGCGUUUCCUCGUCCUCAGCCGUCGUUCUCAUCUCCCUCCCUCUCCCUCCCCCGUGCCCGCAUUUUUCACAGGCGCAGCUCGGGGAACAGCGAAUGGCAGAAGUUUACACUUCAGGAGGUCAGCGCGGAUGCUUCGUGUCGGCGCUGGAGCCCCCUGGCGGCGUGCCCAGAGCCGCCCCCUGGCGCGCUCCUCGCGCCAGGGAGGGGGGUCCACCGUGGACGACUACGAGCGGAAGAAGUAUAUCGAGUGCGGCUAGAUGCCCAUCAGCGCCUGACGACUCGGAAUCACAAUGUUGGACGUGUAUCGAGGCUCUCAAGGCAGCCACUCAGCCAUGAGAUUAUUUGGACGGAGGUGUACAGUGCGGCACUCUCGAUUGAGCCAACUUCAACAGUGACUGAUGUCGAGGUCUCGGCCGUUGAGCAUACGAUUAUGAUCUUGCCGCGGGUUGUACAAGCGUAUUUCGGACAGGAUAUGAUGUGAUUUUGAUUGUGCUCACUCACGCCAUGCCUUCGUUUGUCGUGUGUGUGCUUGACCUCUCAUCCUCCUAAUAAGAGUUGGCUUUCGCCUCUGAUCGUUUGGAUCGGUGAGGCUUCCGCCUACUCCCGAUGCGCCCGCUCCUUGCUUCCGACUAGGCUGGAAAGCCUGCACAGUCGACCGCAAAUGUUUCCCUUGUCUCCUUCUUGACCGGCGUCCCUCCUCCCAACUUCCUCC